AUGAGACAACAACAACACCACUUCCAUUCGAAUACCUCAUUGCACAGGAAACGUCAGAUUGAUAGAAAAAUCAGAUUCACGAAAAUUUACCUUCUUGUUUUCAGUAGCAACGCGACGACGACAACCGCCACAAGAACAAGCUCCAAAAUCCAAUCCCUUCUCUCCCAAACCAGCGAUCCGAAUCUGAAGGUGGUUUACAGCUUCUGCUCGAACUACUACACGCCCCCACUCAGCGCCCUUUCGGCGGCCAAGGAGAAGCUUAGGUUGCGCGCUUUCCACGACGUGAAGUCCGCGGCAAAUACUGUCUUCAGCGACGCCGCUGCGUGCCGAAAAGCGUUUGACAUGAGGGUUUUUUUUUAGGGGAAGGAUUGUGUAAGGAUUUGAUUCUUGUGGGUGGAAUGAAUAAAAAGUUGGU